GGUACAGAUUUUCAGGAGCGGGAGGGGCAUUCGCGGAGUGGUUAGUCUUUGGCUGUCACCCAGCUGCGACCUGAAAGCUCGCAGCUGCUCCACUUUCGGACCACUUUCGACGUGGGAAGCCCUGCAAGGGCGGCAUUGUUUAUGUGCCUGACUGACUGCGACGGCUAUGAUUUGCAAAAGAGCCUGUUGUAGUGACUCCCAUGAGAAGCGCCGCCUGUGACCGACCAUGGCAGAUCUGAAUGAAGUGAGCGAAGGAAGCAACGCAGAGUGGGACAACAGCGCACUGCCCACACUGGUGAGUGUUGAGCGUUGAGCCGAUAGGCAGCAAAGAUCCAGCCCCUCGGCUACUGAUUUGAUUGUCUGUCCUUCACGCGAUGCUCUGUCGUGUCUGCCUGUCUGUCUGUCUGUGUGUCUGUGUGUCUGCAGGGCGUGCGGACCCAUCGGGUGAGUGGCAGCAGCGUCAAGGUGACGCUAGAGACAUGCCCACUGGGUGCCCGCUUUUUGGUCGCCGUGGCCGACGCGGUCGACGCUGCGGGCUGCGAAAUCACUCACAUCAAAUAUGACGCCAAGGUGAGUCAGUCGCGGCCUCCUUCCUGUCUUUGGCAUCGAUCUAUGCAUGCGCUGAUGUGUGUGCUGAUGCGUGUGCAGGUGGAGCCGCCCCGUCGGUACCCCUGGACGGCCAAGCUGUGUGUGACGGUUGAGGAAACACAGCCGCUGACCUACAGCAGCUGCAGCAAGGACAGGGAGGCCGUCAGGGAGGCCGUCCUGCGGGAUCGGCUGGGAAGAGUCUGGCAGAAGUCGGCCGACCAGCCGACAGUGCACCCAGACGAACCGUUCUCGUAAGCAAGUCACACAUUCACACACACACACACACACACAGAGAGAGAGAGAGAGAGAGAGAGACAGCAGCACACCACACCCACCACACCCUUAAAGUCUGUGUGCACAUGGAUGGGUAUGCAUAUCAGCAACUGGCGUCGCAAGAAGCGUUCGAUGAUCGACGCGCCCUCGGUGGUGCCGCAUCGGCCAUUUACAAUGGAGGUGAGGGCGCUCCCGGCCCACCUCAUGGCCCACGUGGCGGCGCAGGUGAUGCACGUCGGCCUGUUGCCGACCGCCGUAGAUCUGUCGUGUGCGGCCAAGGGUAACAACGGUGAGGGAAUGGGGGGCCUGUGGGGCAGCAUGACGCUGCGCAAGGGGGUGCUCGUGAAGAUCGUGCAGCGGGAGGCCAGGGAAUCUGACGAUAGUGUCGCAGACAGACUCAACAAGGUCAGCGAGCAGAUGAGCAGAUGAGCAUUCAUUCACCGCUUGUGCCUGCCACAUUCCUUUCAUGCGUCCAUCCAUACAGUCGAUAGAGCGAGUGCUGGUGUCGCCCAUUGAGAUCUUCAGCCGAGACAGCCGGCCGCCAGCAGCCAGCGUAUCCAUCACGCCACAACGAUCUGCCGUCGGGGGCUUCACUCGGUACGUAGGCCAUCGGACAGCGAUCGAUCAGUGUUGUGUUCAUCCGUCUGUUUCUCUCUCCCUCGCACACUCAGGAGUGCCGGCUCGCUGGUACGCAGUGUUGUCCGCGGCCUGUGUCGCCCACGACCUGCAGACGCCGGGACGGUGCCGCCCGCCACUUCGCGCGUCGAGGUGGUCGAGGUGGCCAGGAAGCACUCGCUCGAUCUGCUGCGCCGCAUGCGCAGCUUCUCCACCCCAUCCGUCCGUCCACACAGGGAGAGAAGCCCGAGAAGUCCCAGCAAGGGCGGCAACACACUGGAGGCCGCCAUCGACGCGCGCGAGAGUCGGUCAACAAGUGCGUCCAGCCAGCCAGCCGAGCUGCCGAUCGAGCUGCUGCUGCGCGAGGAGCACCACGGUCAUGAGGAAGGCGACACAUCGCCGAGGGGUGCCAAGCGGACGCCGCUGGACGAGACAGGUCAGGAGGGGGCGGUGCAGACCGUGGGGGUCAUUCCACUCAAACCCAUGUGCAGAGGCGCGUAGACAGGACGGUGGGAGGUGGGGGAUUGGCUAUCGGAUGGAGGGAGGGUGGGAAGCGUUUGUUCGAAAUUGACGAUAUAGGAGUAUUCGUGGAUCGGAUCCCCUUUUUUAUUUCUCCUCUGCAUACGUGCGAGAGCAUAGGGAGGCGCGCCGUGCCGCGUGGGAGGUAGGGUGUGGGCAAUGAAUGGGGCAAUGGGGAAGGGGGUGUUGUGCUGUGAUGGGUCUGCGGCCCUCUCUAAUCACGAGAGAGUUUUCCACCGAGACACAUACACGCAGACACGGACCUAUCACGGGGGGAUGGAUGAAUGGAUGGAUGGAUGGAUGGACGCACGCAUCAGCUGUCCCCCCGUCCCUGAUCAGGGUGUUUGCCUGCCUGCCUGCCUGCCUGCCUGCUGAAUUGCUCCUUUUGGGUGUAUUGAAGCGCGUACAAGGUGGGUGUUUUGUUUCCCGUUGGUGUUUCUUGCGUAUGCCCGUUGGAAUGCAUGGGAUGGGAUGUGUGUAGUUACGUGAGGUUACGGAUGGCGAGUGCUUGAGUGUGCCAUCCAUCCUGCCUAGAUCCGUAGUGGUUUAUUGCCUACCUAUACCUAUCUCUCUCUCUCUCUCUGUGUGUGUGUCUGUGUGUGUGUGUCUGUUCACCAACCAGGUCGGGGUGCGACAUGGUUGAGUAUGCCUGACUGCCUGCCUGCCUGCCUGCCGUGUUGAUGGAGGGGUCGAUGGGUUGAUUGGUUGAUCGUGCAGUCAGCACAUGGCUGGAUGGCUGGAUGGCAAAUGUGUCGGUACCGAUGCAAGAGUUCGCGUUGCGUUGUGCGUACGUACGUAUGUCAGGCGGGAAGGCAGACACAAUUGGGGGCUGUCUGUCUGUCUGUCCUACUCUCUGGGUCUCUGUCCCUCUUUGCCUGCCUGCCUGCCUGCCUGCCUGUGUGUCUAGCCUUUCGCCUGCUACAUUUACUGAUCGCACGCACGUGCCCGACUAUCUUUCUCGGCGUGUAUGGCUAUCUGUCUGUCCGUCCGUCUGUGUGUCUGUGUGUCUGUCUGUCUGUCCAUCGCUCCUCUGUCGGCGCCAAAGCUGCCAUGGCUGCGCGGGUGUGCUUGCUUGGUAUCGGGUCCACCCUGCUUGCUCGUCUGCCUGUAUACGAGGCACGUUUACAACCUCUGCGCGUGUGUGUCUUUGCAUGUGUGUUUGGUGACAUGGGUCUGGCUGCGUAGGGCAG